UCAAAUAUUUUUAUCGGGAGCCAGCCCGGAGGACGAGUACUGGUAGGUAACGGGAUCCACCAAGGGAGAAGGAUGACAAUAAUAAUGUCCCCGGCUGGUUCCCGCGGCGCCCAAGUCUCCGUAUCAUGAUAAACACUGGGCCUGUCGCCCAUAUGAUGCCCGUGGCGGCCCGGAGUGGGUCCUGGAUUGCGUGGUGCCAGGCUAUCCUUUUUGGUGUGUCGGGGCUGGUGAUACUGGCUGAAAGGACCGCGCUGAUCUAUUGUGUAGGAUUCUACCUAUGGAAUGAAGAAACGCAGUGGGCGGGGAUGACCCUCGCCUUCCUGUUGCCGGGGAUACUGGUCCAGGUGUUGAGUCUCAGGUGGUACCGUGACGAUGGGGAAGACCACUAUUGGUUCCUGACCCUCACACAUGUGCUGCAACUGGGCAUCUUCCAAAGGUUGUGGGACUGCAUGAUAUCCGUAUGGGACAUGCAGGGUAGUGCGGGGGAGCUCGGGGCGGCUGUGAUGCAGCAGGCCGAUGUGUCUGCCCUCCGCCUGUUGGAGGCCCUGGUCCUCACCCUCCCUCAGACACUGCUGCAGACCUACGUCUUAGCUGUCACUGACGUGGAACUCCACUCCCCAGUAGCGGUGUGCGCAGGCCUGUGCCUGCUGUCACUGUCCUGGGCGCUGGUGCUGUUCAGCCGGGCAUGCUGCCUGAUCCGCCCGGGCCACCUGGCCAUGCCCCCGGCCGCUCUGCUGUGCCAGCUGCUGUGGAGGGCGGGCAUGCUGGGCGCCCGCGUGGCAAGCCUCAUGUCCUUCGCCCGCUACUUCCACUGGUGGACCUGCGGAGUGGCAGGCUUCCACUGGCUCACAGCUUCCUUCUGGCUGGUCGCCCAGCAACCGGAAAUCUGCACCGGACCCUGGCGCUGGCGCCUGUUCAACGUCGCGCUGGGACUGGUCCACAUCUUCCUCUUCCUCAACGUCAAAGACGGACCCUCGCGCUUUCGCAUGGCCGGCUUCUACGUGGCCAUGCUACUGGAGAACACCACCCUACUGGUGGCAGCGUCCGACUUCCUCAGUGAGAAAUCAUGGGAUAGCAUGACCCUCCCCAUCGCUGUGCUGAGCAGCUUCCUGCUUGGCGCCACCUCUCUAGUCCUGUACUACCGCUUCCUCCACCCCAAGUCCACUGAGAUUGCCACAGGCCAUGGCCUCGGCCACCGCAACCACCACAUGGGCUCCACCUGCCUGGAGGGCCUAGAGCAGGGCGAGUCUUCCUACUCCCUGGGGGGUGGGGGAGGUGACAAGAGCCUCCCCCAGGCCGCACCCUCCUCCCUGCACAAUCACGGCAGCUUCUCCCUCUCUGGCGUGGCCGGCUCCCUCCUGGAGCAUCCUGGGAGUUGCGGUCCCAGGCUGGGUAACUCGUGCCUCUGCCGCCACCACCACUGGCUCCUGAUUCGCUUGGCACUAAAAACGAGUGACAUAGGAAAGAUCAACCGGGCCUAUGGCUCCGGUGGCGUGGUGGCCAACUUGGACGAGGACGAUUACUGUUAUAACUCGGAGGCCACGGGUACAGGUGGCGGCAGGACUACCACGGCGUGUGGGGGCAACUACGACGGGGUCUCCGGGGCCUCGGUGUCCGAAUCACAGGGGACGAAGGUGGGCCUAGCACCCCUCUCGGACUGCAAGGAGGAGUUUCAGAGCGCCAGCGAUGAGCCCAUAUCCGCCGAGACGCCUGGCGAGGAGGAGAGCGAGGAUAGCCUGGAGGACAUGCAGAGCCCACUGGAGUCGCCGGUGUCUGACUCCUUAAAGCGCAGCUCACCCGAGGGCAAAUCGGUGUUCGGGGACAGCCCCGAGCCAUACUUCUGCCCCAGCACCACCCUGUCCAGCUCCACACUGUACUUCAGUGCUGACCCCCAGUCCCCCAGCAGCACCAGCAACCCCCGCCUGGACCGGGCCAGCCCCCCCAUGGGCAUGGCAGGCCUCGGCUCCAUCCCCAGCGACCCCGCCCUGCACAGGGACGUCAGGGGACUGCAGAUGGGUCAGAUGGGGCCUCGCUACACCUCCACACCCAAACUGGACUCUGGGGUGCAAGGGGACGCACCGCCCAGCAUCCCUCAUCUGAGUGGUCCCAGGAGGCAGCUGAUACUGUCACGGCGAGACCAGGACGAUGGAUUUUAAGAACAAGGGAGGGAAAAAGAGAGGGAGGAGAAAAAAAAGAGAUGGUGGAAAGAGAUUGAAAAGUCAAUGGAGAGGAAGCAUAAUCAAACACAAGCCCAGCUCAAAGCUCGCUCAUUUGAAGCACAAGUAUCUUAAGUAAUAUACAUUUCCUAUAAAGCUGUCCGUUACCAUUUCUUGCUGAUUGUUCCGAGUACCAAGUACUUUCUAUUGGGGAUUUCAUAUUCCGCCGAGUACCGGUACUUACUUUUUACAUCAGUAACUUUAACCCAGUUCAAUCAACGCUACCUCCUAAUCAACCAAAUAUAAUACAAUAAACAAAUAAUACCACAUAAAAAGCUAUUUAAAUGCUUCUAAAAAAUAAUUCUAAGAAGUGGUGACAUGAUCUCGGCUAAAGUGAAGACACUCACUGCAAUAUGUCAGCUUGGUAUCUGAACUGUGUUUUGGCUGGCAUUUACAGAUACCGUAUCGGCCAGAGUACCAUCAUUGAUAGUAUCAGUGCACCUCUAAUUUCCUGUUUUGUUUUUGUUAUUCCUUUGAAAAGAUACUCACUCCCCAUACCCCCCAAACACAUUGAACAGGUCAAGGGUUCACUAGGAACCAAACGUAAGCAAAUGACCAAAACGGGGAAGGACUAAACUGAACUUGUCCUUUGCUAAAUGUUUAGCUAUCAUUUGCUACGGUGUGCUGUGCACUAAUGACUACACCCCAGGUGAACGUAUAUACACUCAUUUGCUGACACCGCUUAGGACAGACAGGGCUUCAUAGUCAACUCGACAAAACUGUUUGAUGGUGAAAUCAGACAGUUGUCCCACAUUUUAUAUGUCCCAUUUUGCCUUUUGCGAAGUUGUUCAUAUUAACAAACUUAUUUAUUGAGCUAAUUAAUUAAUAUUUUUAAGGUACAUUGUUGCAAAGAUAACUUUUUUUUUUAAAUUCUUUGUCUUAAAGACAUGUUGAACAUGUUAACUUGCUAAAUGCAGUUUUUCCAAUUGAGAAACUCUAAAAUAUGUUGUAUUGUACUGUCUCAGGCGCGUGGUUGUGUUUUAAACCGUUUUCACACCUCAAAUGUGAAGGUAAGUGGAAGAAUAAGGGAUAUCCAAGACAUAUUUUGUGACAAUGUUUUGCUGUGCUCAUUUUUUCAUCCCUUAUAAGGGAUCAUUGUAUUGUUGAUUAAAUGCUCUAUAAAUGACCCAGGGUAAGAUACAGUGUCUUCAGAAAGUAUUCACACUCCUUCACUUUUUCCACAUUGUUGUUGCAGCCUGAAUUUAAUAUUGAUUACAUUGAGAUGUUUUUGGUCACUGGACUACGCACAGUACCCCAUAAUGUCAAAGUGGAAUUAUGUUUUUGAAAUGUUUACAAAUGAUUUAAAAAUGAAAAGCAGAAAUGUUUUGAGUCAUUAAGUAUUCAACUCCUUUGUUUUUUAUGUUUUUACUUAACCUUUAUUUAACUAGGCAAGUCAGUUAAGAACACAUUCUUAUUUACAAUGACUGCCUACCCCGGCCAAACCCUCCCCUAACUCUGACGACGCUGGGCUAAUUGUGCUCUGCCCUAUGGGACUCCCGAUCACGGCCUGGUUGCGAUACAGCCGGAUUCAAACCAAGGUCUGUAGUGUCGCCUUGCAGUACCUUAGAAUGCUACGCCACUCGUGGUAAAAAGAAAAAGAAGCAGACAUUGAAUAUCUCUUUCAGCAUAGUGAAGUUAUCAAUUAUACUUUGGAUGGUGUAUCAAUACACCCAGUCACUACAAAGAUACAGGCGUUCACGCUAACUCAGUUGCCGGAGAGGAAGAAAACCGCUCAGGGAUUUCACCAUGAGGCCAAUGGUGACUUUAAAACAGUUACAGAGUAUAAUGGCUGCAUAGGAGAAAACUAAGCCUGGAUCAACAAUAUUGCAGUUACUCCACAAUAAUAACUUAAUUGACCGAGUGAAUUAAAAAUACUCCAAAACAUGCAUCAUGUUUGCAACAAGGCAUACAAGUAAUACUGCACAAAAUGUGGCAAAGCAAUUUAACUAUGGGGCAAGUCCAAUACAACACAUAACUGAGAACCACUCUCCACAGUUUCAAGCAUAGUGGUGGCUGCAUCAUGUUAUGGGUAUGCUUGUAAUCGUUAAGGACUGGGGAGUUUUUCAAGGUAAGAAAGAAACGGAAUGGAGCUAAGCAGAGGCUAAAUCCUAGAGGAAAACCUGGUUCAGUCUGCUUUUCACCAGACACUAGGAGAUGCAUUCACCUUUCAGCAAGACAAUAACCUAAAACACAAGGCCAAAUAUGCACUGGAGUUGCUUACCAAGAAGACAGUGAAUAUCCCCGAGUGUCCGAGUUACAGUUUUGAUUUAAGUCUGCUUGCAAACUUAUGGCAAAACCUAAAAAUGGUUGUCAGGCAAUGGUCAACAACCAAUUUGAUAGAAUUUGAAAAAAGUUGAAAAGAAUAAAUGGGCAAAUGUUGCACAAUCCAGGAGUGGAAAACUGAAGAGACUUACCCAGAAAGACUCACCGCUGUUAUCGCUGCCAAAGGUGAUUCUAACAUUAGUAUUUACUCAGGGGGUUCAAUACUUAUCAAGAUAUAUUAGUGUUUUUAUUUUUCAUACAUUUUUUACACAUUUAACAUUUUUCUUCCACUUUCACAUUACAGACUGUGUUGUGUAGAUCGUUGACAAAAAAAAGUAAAUUACAUCCAUUUUAAUCCCAUUUUGUAAGAAAAUGUGGAUGAAGUCAAGGGGUGUGAAUACUUUCGGAAGGCACUGUACAUAGGCAACACGUACAGAACACUGAAAUGAUGCUGGUUUUCACACUUUUCCCCCUCUCAGGUGCUUGCUUAUUCAACAUUUUGUUACAUAGGUCAAGGCCACAGUUGAUGUAAUAACGAAACAAGCAAUAAAGGUUAUAUUGGGUGGACUUGA